UAUGUCUGUCUCUGUCUGUCACAAUCUGGCCUUCUGUCUGUCAGACAGUCUCACAAAAUGGCCCAUCAAGAGCCCCGCUGAUUAAAUCAAGACUUCCAUAACAAUUCCCAUUAUCACCUGCGUCAUAUACAACAGAGACACAUCCCUGACUCAGGGCUUAUCGAUAUGACCAUCCCGGAGCGCAAGCUGUGCUCGUCGACGCCAGGGCCUCACCAUCCCCAUCUGUCUCGGCGUCCUCAUGAAUAUUCGGUGUCUGGGGUGAUGACGUCGGGCCCCUCCCGGUAAGGAGAGUUUUGUAACAGGGUCACGUUGCGCUGCGGCACUGAACGAACAGAGCUCCAAACAGCAGCAGUCCACCGUCUACUCUCCUCUACACCGAAGACGACACCUGCCCAUAACCUAUUUAACUAGAUAACUACAAUAUUAUCAGGAUGCCUCACCAGUACCCAGCUCUGACCACAGAGCAGAAGAAGGAGCUGCAGGAGAUAGCAGAGAGGAUCACGGCUCCGGGGAAAGGAAUCCUGGCUGCAGAUGAGUCUGCAGAUGAACGUGUCCAACGUGUCAGCAGCAUGGGUAAGCGUCUCAACCCCAUCGGGGUAGAGAACACAGAGGAGAACCGUCGUCUGUAUCGCCAGCUGCUAUUCACGGCUGAUGAGAGAAUGGAUGCUUGUAUUGGUGGAGUGAUCUUCUUCCACGAGACUCUCUACCAGAACGCUGAUGACGGGACCAACUUCUCCCAGCUCAUCAAGGACAGGGGGAUUGUAGUGGGCAUCAAGGUGGAUAAAGGUGUUGUCCCACUGGCCGGAACCGAUGGAGAGACCACAACCCAGGGUCUGGAUGGCCUGGCAGAGCGUUGUGCUCAGUAUAAGAAGGAUGGAGCAGACUUCACUAAGUGGCGUAGCGUCCUGAAGAUCAGCGACAACACCCCCUCAGAACUCGCCAUCAUGGAGAACGCCAACGUACUGGCACGCUACGCCAGCAUCUGUCAACAGAACGGCAUCGUUCCCAUCGUGGAGCCUGAGAUCCUUCCUGACGGAGACCAUGACCUGAAACGUUGUCAGUACAUCACUGAGAAGGUUCUGUCUGCAGUGUACAAGGCCCUAUCAGACCAUCAUGUCUAUCUGGAGGGGACCCUGCUGAAGCCCAACAUGGUGACUCCUGGACACUCCUGCCCCCAAAAAUACACUAACGAGGAGAUCGCCAUGGCUACGGUCACUGCCCUCCGCCGCACCGUACCCCCUGCCGUCACAGGUGUGACGUUCCUGUCAGGGGGCCAGUCAGAGGAGGAGGCCAGUAUUAACCUGAAUGCUAUCAACACCUGUCCUCUGGGUAAACCCUGGGCCUUGACCUUCUCCUAUGGUCGUGCCCUGCAGGCCUCAGCCCUCAACGCCUGGAGAGGAGAGAGAGACAACGAAAAGGCUGCUGCCGAGGAGUUCCUUAAACGGGCUGAGGUGAACGGUCUGGCUGCCCAGGGGAAGUAUGAGUCAACAGGAGACAGUGGAGCGGCUGGACAGUCUCUCUACGUGGCCAAUCACGCGUACUGAACAACCCAGGCCACGCCUACAUCACAACCCACCGCUGCAGCCCCUCCCCUCACCCACCAACCACAGACCUGCGUUGUCUACCGUAUUUUAGAAACAGCAUCGUUGUCGUGGCAACAUAACGAUGUGGUUAAUAUGAGUAUUAAUUAGUAUGGGGAGUUGAUGAUGAAGAAGAUGGUGAAGGGAGAGAGGGCGGUAUCAUGAAGAAGCUUUAUUAAGUCCCAAAUGGAAUCCUAUUCCUUAUAUAGACCUGGUCUAAAGUAGUGCACUAUAUAGGGAAUAGGGUGUAUAGACCUGGUCUGAAGUAGUGCACUAUAUAGGGAAUAGGGUGUAUAGACCUGGUCUAAAGUAGUGCACUAUAUAGGGAAUAGGGUGCCAUAGGGCUCUGGUCUAAAGUAGUGACCAACCAGAGAGAGGAUAACAUCAGAUAUGGACCAAUCAGAUACUAGAUUACAUCAAACAGUGACCAACCAGAGAGAAGAUAACAUCAGAUAGGGACCAAUCAGAUACUAGAUUACAUCAAACAGUGACCAACCAGAGAGAAGAUAACAUCAGAUAGGGACCAAUCAGAUACUAGAUUACAUCAAACAGUGACCAACCAGAGAGAAGAUAACAUCAGAUAGGGACCAAUCAGAUACUAGAUUACAUCUGACAGACACCAGGGUGUGACGUGUUGAGUUCCAGUUAGGAAUGAGUAAGAAGAGAGGGAUGAGAGAGGAGGGAGAAAGAGGACAAGGAGGAGAGAGAGAUAGGGAGAGAGAGAGAGGAGGGAGAGAGUGAGAGGAGGGAGAGUGAGAGACAGAGUGAGAGGAGGGAGAGUGAGGGAGGAGAGGGAGAGUGAGAGAAGAGAGGGAGAGUGAGAGAGGAGGGAGAAAGAGGACAAGGAGGAGAGAGAGUGAGAGGAGAGGGAGAGGGAGGGAGAGUGAGAGAGGAGGGAGAAAGAGGACAAGGAGGAGAGAGAGAUAGAGAGAGUGAGAGGAGGGAGAGGGAGGGAGAGUGAGAGAGGAGAGGGAGAGGAGGGAGAGCGAGAGAGAGAGAGAAGAGGGAGAGAAGAGGGAGAGAAAGAGGUACCAAUGUCAGCUAGAGACUGAACACAAAGGGUAGAAGGACAGACAGACAAACAGCUAACCACUGACCACCAAGUCUCAUCCUCUAACCUCUGUCUUUUUCUCACACACCUAACUAUCUAGCUAUCAAUCAGUCAAUCAAUCGAUCAAUAAACUACUGAUAAUAACUUUAUUACUUGCCAUCUAAAACAGUUGCUGGGAAUGGCCAGUGUGUUGUCUAGGACUACUGCACUUCUCUGAUUAUAAUAAUAGCUUUAAAGUACACAAUCAAUGUGUUAUUAUGUGUUGUGUUGUGAGAGCGACCUUGUAGUUAUUAUGUGAUGCUUCUGUGUCUUACUCACCCCCUUACCCCCACCGGUGGAACAGUCCGGAGGUGAGGGUGAAUCCUAUUGGCUGGUCUGGGUGGAGUGUGGGGUUUGUAGGGGGGGCCAGUAAGUCAGUCACGACUGUGUUGGAAUACUGUGACGUUUGUUGAUGUUCCUUUGUUUGUUUGUUGUUCUCUAAAGCGCUUGCUGUGAUGAAUAGUGGGGGAAAAAAUUAACAGAAAAUCUACAAUAAAUAUUACAAAAUAGUUAGAAACA